AUGGAUGAUCCCACCAAGGCUCAGAUGUGGUUUGCUUCUGUAGAGACCAUCUUCAGCAUAGUAGACACCAGGGAGCCUAAAGUUUUCUUUUCAUCUGAGCUAGUGGUAAGAGAAUAUCUCGAUGUUUUCCCUGAUGAGCUUUCAAGACUUCCACUUCUCAGAGAGAUCGAUUUAUCUAUUGAGCUAGAUUCAGGCACUAUUCAUAUAUCUACAGCUUCUUAUAGAAUGUCCCUAGCUAAGCUAAAAGAGCUGAAGAAGGUGUCUUUUCUUGGCCAUGUUGUAUCUAAUGAGGGAGUUGUUGUGGAUCUAAUUAAGAUUGAAGCAGUUACCGGUUGGCCUCGACCUUCUACAGUCAGUGAAGUUCGUAGUUUAUUUUGUUUAGCAGGUUAUUACAGAAGGUUUGUGGAAGAUUUCUCUCGUAUAGUCAGUCCUUUGACUCAGUUGACCAGAAAGGGGACUCCUUUUGUUUCGAGUCCAACAUGUGAAAGUAGUUUCCAGGAUCUUAAGCAGAAGACUGUUACUGCACCAGUCCUUACAGUGCUAGAUGGAUUUGGAGGCUUUGUGAUUUACAGUAAUGCCUCUAAGAAAAGACUGGGUUGUCUAAAUGAUCUAUAUUUGGUUGAGGAGCACCGCCUGGCAGAAGCAAGGCAAGAUGGAGAGUUCUCCAUAUCCUUUGAUGAUGGACUUAUGUUUAAGAGGCGUUUAUGCAUCCGAGCAGACAAUAGGGUUAAGACUGAGGCCCAUAAUUCUCCAUUUUUUAUGCAUUCUGGCAGUACAAAGAUGUACCAGGACUUGAAGCGAGUUUACUGGUGGCGAAAUAUGGAUAGAGAAGUGGCAGACUUCGUAGCACCUAUGAAGUGUGUUUUGAGGUUUGAGAAGAAGGGAAAGCCAAGUCCAUGUUUUGUAGGGCUAUUUGAGAUACUUGAGUGGAUUGGCCUCGUAGCUUAUCGUUUGGCGUCACCUCCAUCGUUUUCUGCAGUUCAUGAUGUGUUUCAUGUCUCUAUACUGAGGAAGUACGUAGCAGACCCGACACAUGUAGUUGACUUUGAACCAUUGAAAAUUAAUGAGAACUUGAGUUAUGAGGAGCAACCCGUUCAGAUUUUGGCAAGAGAGAUUAAGAUGCUCCACAAUAGAUGA